AAACAUUGAACCAUUUAGUUCAUGGCACACACACUGGUGUUUCCACCAAAUACAGUGAGCAAAGUUAGCUAAAAAUUAAAACAUGGCUUCCGCCACCGUGGAUUCCGACUUUGAAUUCUUGGAAUCUGUUCAACAAUACCUACUUGGACACGAUUCCGUCAAUCUCAUGCCUGAAACCCACCAAACUGCAUCUCAUGAUCCAUUUUCAGACCCUAAAUGUGAUGGUGAUUUGGAGAACAUCAUUGUUUUCCGAAGUGAGGAUGCAACGGCUGUGGUGGCGCGUGAUGUCCACGCGCCACCAACAUGGAAGCAUUACAGAGGGGUGAGACGUAGACCAUGGGGAAAGUUUGCGGCCGAGAUUAGGGAUCCAAAGAAGAAUGGAGCUAGGGUUUGGCUUGGGACUUAUGAUACUGAAGAGAAAGCAGCUUUGGCAUAUGAUAAAGCCGCUUUCAAAAUGCGUGGGCGAAAAGCUAAGCUGAAUUUUCCUCACCUUAUUGAUUCCGAUAUGUUGUCGGAGGAGGUGAUGGUGACAACUUCCAAGAGAAGGUUAGCGGAAAAUUCUCCACCCUCAUCACCAUCGUGGUCGUGUUCAGAUGAUAGCUCAGAAUCACAAGGGGCAAAGAGGAGGAAGAGCCUGGCUGAUCUACUGAAUAAAUUAGCCAAGAAUAGAAGCCAUGUCAAGGUGGAACGUUGAGUGGGCUUAAUGAGCCUUCAACGAUAUUUGUAAUCUAAUAUGAUGUUCAUAGAGUGUAAUUUUGUUCACCAUUGUGCACUUGUUAUGUUUGAAUGAAAUUGUUUGCAUACACCAUUGGUGAAGUUCAAGUUGUGAUGAAAUAUCAAUAAAACCAAGAAAAACAGUUUGAUACAUGUUCAA